AUGUCGCACCUCAUCGGUUAUAACACAGGUGCCCUUCACCAAGCCAGCAGCGACUUCAACAAAGACAUAACAAAGACCUACUAUCCAUCAGCCACCGACUUGGAUGAAAAUCCCAUCAUCCCCAGUCCAGACAUCUUCAGCCAACUCGACGACUCCCAUAAAGAUAACCUACCCACCACAGUGCAAUGCGCCGUUCAUCUAGAAUUGCUAGAAACCUUUCAUGCGUUGCGCAUCAAGAUUCUCGACUCAAAGAAACUCGACGAGGCAUUCAACUUGGGCGAACCGACCAAGAAGAUCUAUCGUCGCAAGUAUAUUAAAGGCUUGAAAAAGCAUGUUAAUGAAGAAGUUACACUCAGAAACACGUCGUGGGAGGCCAGGCGGGAUAAGAAAUGGACGUGGUAUCUUGGAGAAGCAGCGCAGAGGUUUCUGGUAUGGGCUGCAAAGUUCAAUGCUUGGUUGACUUCAACGAUGGGAAAAGACGGCGCCAACGAUGGAAAGACUGGAAUACCAAUGACUGAUUCCUCAUGGCUGCCACCUGUGGAUAUAUUAAUGAUUUGGCAUGCUUUCCUUCUCAACCCUUCUGACUAUCUGGACUACUGCCGAAAUCAAAACUGGGACUAUCUUCCAAGAGUCAAUUUCCCAUGGAAGCUUAUCCACGGUUCAAUCAGGUCGCAAGGCCCCAUCCGUGAUGCCUGGGUAGUCACUGGAGAGACCUGGGAAGUUCCCGAAGGAGAAGCAGUCAUUCCAGGCAAUCUCCUCAAAUCAAUUAUUCAAAGAGGCAACAUGCAAACACAAGAUAUAGGCAAGCCAUAUGCUUCUCGCUUCAUUGCCAAACUCGUCGACAACGUUGAGCGCCAACGCGUCUUUGUCAAAAAGAUGAACGCUCAUCUAUGGAUACGAAGCCCAGCGUUGCAGGGGACACUUCGUCGAGCAGUUGAGAGAUACGAAAGGUAUCUUAGGCUUUUUAAAUUCUACCCUGGCAAGAUGCUCGUUCCCGCACUUGACAUCGACCUCGUUUGGCACACUAGCCAACUCUCAGCAACAGCGUACUUGAAUUCCAUGGAAGCACGUUGUGGCCGCUUCAUUAACCACGAUGACAAGAUCGGAAAGUCGAAACUGGCAGUCGGAAAUGAUGAGACCCAGUCUCUUUAUCGGGUCCGUUUUGGAGAAGAGUACACGGUUUGCUUGUGUUGGGAGUGUCAGGCUAUUAUGUCGGCUGUUGAGGAUUCUGCUGAUGGGGAUGAGUUUCUUGGGGAGUCGCCAACUCCAGGUUUUGCUGAGACCCUCGUUGAUAAGAUAUUGGCUGAUGUCAAGUUUUAUCGGGCUGUGGAAUCUGCAAGACGGAGAAAUCAUGUGAAGUUGCCAAUUCGCCCAGUGGACAAGAAGGAUUCUCAUAAUUGGCCAUUCAUUCCUCAGUAA